GGUAAUAAACUAAUAAUAGGCUUAUAGUAAACUUUUAUUUCAUUUUAGUAAACCAAACAUGAUAAAGAAGGAUUGGGUGGCGUUGCCUCCACAUAGUCAAAGUUACAAGGAUGGUGUUAAUUACUUGUUGGAUAUUGCAUUCACCAAAGGAAUGGUUGAAGAAGAAGAGAUUUUGUGCCCCUGUGUUGUAUGUUGCAAUGAUAGUUUGGAAACCAGAGAUGUAGUGUUCGACCAUUUAUGUAGCAAAGGAUUUGUAAAAGGAUACAUGGAAUGGAUUUAUCACGGUGAAGAUGAAAGAUGUUUCAACAUCAAAUUAAGCAAGAAAAAAUUGAAAAGUUGCAUGAGAGGCUGCAGGGAAACAAUAGAGAAAUGCCUCAAGGGAUUAUAGAAGUUGUAGACGAAACACCAAAAAAAGGAACUCAGCAAGAACAAGUUCAAAAGGUUGACGGUAAUUUGGAGAAAGAUGCAAUGACAAAGAAAUUUAAGAAAGCCAAACUCUCGCAACCUCAAGCAAUGAAAGAUGGUGCACAUCGUGACAAAGAAGUUGUACAACAAACACCAAAAAGCAAAGGAACUCAGCAAGAAAGAGUUCAAAAGGUUGGCGGCGAUUUGGACAAAGAUGCAAUCACAAAGAAAAUUAAGAAAGUCAAACUCUCGCAACCUCAAGCAAUGAAAGAUUAUGAACAUGGUGACAAAGAAGUUGUACAACAAACACAAAAGAGAAGAACUAAUUUAGUGAAACCUAAAGGAAAUCAAAUUAUCAAUGAAGAUGCUGUACAGGAUGACAUAGACGAGGAGGAAGACGUAGAUGAUGAAUUUCUUGAGGACGAAUUUCUUGAGGACAACUUAAGUGAUGAAUUUCAGGAGGAUGAUAUAGAUGAUGAAUUUCAAGAGGAUGACCUAGAUGAUGAAAUUCAAGAGAAUGACAUCGGUGAUGAAUUUGAAGUGGACGAUUUGGCUGAUGAAUUACAAGAUAAACUUGAAUGA